AUGGCUCACAGCUUCACUCAGGAGUACUUUCAGAUCCCCGUGGUGACACGAGCGUACACCACCGCCUGCAUCCUCACCACCGCUGCUGUGCAACUUGAGGUCAUUACCCCCUUUCAGCUGUAUUUUAAUCCAGACCUCAUCAUCAGACGAUACCAGAUAUGGCGUCUGAUAACCAGCUUCCUCUUCUUUGGUUCUGUUGGAUUCAGCUUCGUGUUCAACAUCAUCUUUCUUUAUCGAUAUUGUCGGAUGCUGGAGGAAGGCUGUUUCCGGGGGAGGACGGCAGAUUUUGUUUUCAUGUUCCUGUUUGGAGGAAUCGUGAUGACUCUGUUCGGUCUGUUCGCCAACGUCUUCUUCCUGGGCCAGGCCUUCAUCAUCAUGCUGGUGUAUGUGUGGAGUAGAAGACAUCCGCUCGUACGCAUGAACUUCUUCGGCCUCCUGAACUUCCAGGCACCUUUCCUCCCCUGGGUGCUCAUGGGAUUUUCGCUGCUGCUCGGAAACUCCAUUGUGGUCGACCUCCUAGGUAUCAGUGUGGGUCACAUGUACUACUUCCUGGAAGACGUGUUUCCAAACCAGCUGGGAGGACGGAGGCUGCUGAUGACGCCAGAACUUCUGCGGGCCAUGUUCGAUCAGCCGGAGGACCCCGACUACCGUCCGCUCCAUGAAGAACAGCAGGGGGAAGAUCUGCUGCAGGACGAGGAGCCGCAGGAGUAACAAUACUAAGACCACAACAAUCUGGAUAAAUCUGAGGACACAGGAAGACAGUUAGAAGAUGUGGAUCUGUGGAGCCCUGACUCCUCGCAGAGUGCAGUAACGACAUUUAAAAUUGAACUGCACAUCAGCAUCAUGAAUAUUCACAAUAUUUCUUACCUAAUGGUACAUUCCCACUAAGCAUUUCAACUACGGAGAGUUUAUUUGCCCUAAAGAGAAGUUUAUUUCGGACAAAAAACAUAAUUUAAUCAAAGCAAAGAAAAUAUGGAAUCAUGUGUAGAAGGAAGACACACCAAGUAACUUUUUUUGGGGGGGGAAAUGAACUUAAAAGGGCAUCUUGUAGAGUUCAUUUGACCACGAUUCAGCAGAGAAAUGUUUUUACGAGUAGGUCCCUGUUGUGUUUUCAUGGUGCACAAGCACGGGGCGACAUAAAAGGCAGGGAAGAAAACCAAAAGCAAGUCAACACUGCAGGAUUUAAAAUGUUAAUAUAAAAAUGAAAUGUUUACUGAGGAAGAAAAGUGAGACCUCAAAGAUACACACAAUAACGGUAAAGGCAACAUUUGUUUCUGUCAACAAAACGCCACAGGGCACCUUUAAGGUCGAUUUACAAUAAUUGUUUUUUAUUUAGCUUUCUAUCGUAUCUCUUGGUCUUUAUCGGGGGGCAAUCACAUGAAUGUCAGAUGGUUUCAUACGAGGAUACAUUGUAAACCCUUUCUGAGGUCAAUAAGAUGCAAGGGCUUCAUAAAAAGCUUGUAACUGGACAUUUGGGUUAAGAUUUUGCCCACAUGAGCUGUUUAAAGUCUAAGAUGUACAGUUGAGGCCUAAAUUAUUAG